AUGGCGAGGGCCUCGCCGGGCGUCGAACCUGCAGGCAUGGCGUUGACAUGUGCACGCUGUGUGAGGUGCUGCGCGGUGGCCUUGGUGCCUCUGGCGGGCUUCGGGGCCUUGCCCAAGAUCCUUCAGCUGCAGAGGAAGGGCGCGGAGUGUUUGAAGCCAUCCCUGCAGCAUGAAUCCUGGAGGGCCUGCUACAGCAAUCCAGGUGCCGAAAGCGGCUUGCUCGAUGCACUUCAUUACAUGCUGGCAGUGUGGGUCACCCUGCAGUUCAUGUACAAUUUUGUGAAGUCAUGCUUUGAAGAACCAGGGGCUCCAGAAAGAGCUGGGCCGAAGGAGGGCCGCUGGCUGGUCGAGGCCUCUGAGCCGCAGCUGGGCUCUUAUGAGCCCCGCUGGUGCGAGAGCUGCCAACUCUGGAAGCCACCCCGCUGCCAUCACAGCAAGCGACUGAACCAGUGCGUCCUUCGCAUGGACCACUACUGUGUCAUCACUGAAAACGUCAUUGGUCAAAGGAACCAUGGCUACUUUGUUUUGAUGGUCCUCUUCGGUCUUCUUGGCCUCGCGUAUGCCCUGCUGAUGGUUGGCUAUGUGUUCUGGCUCGCUUGGAAGCCUUACUGGGAGCUCUUCUCUUUAUUGGCCAACUAUGCGCGAAAGCGGGGCAGUUACUAUCAGUGGCUCUUACUGGGAGGACACCUUCAUGUUUUGAAGGCCCUGCUGGGGAGUGAGAUCACAGUGCUGUUGGUGUUGACGAUCACGGCGCUCUUCUUGCUGCUUCCACUGCUGCGGCACGUGCGCUUGGCUUUUCAGGGCAUCACUGUGUUGGAGACCCUGAAAGCUCCCAUCAUCCAGCUGCCCGGGAGCAAGGUCUUUUGCCUUGAGCCUGGAGACUACCGGAGCACUUGGCGUGAAGAACUGGCGCAGCUCCUGGGGCCCUGUGCUUGGUGGCGCCUGGUUUCCUUGCUUUGGCGCUGGUGGAAGCGUCCAGACCCAGAUGGACACUGCGCAGUCGAGAGUGGUGUUGAUCCGCCUGUGGUCCUGGUGGUGGAAGGGGGGGCUUCCUCAUGCCCGGUGCACUGCGAGGACGGUCCGCCACCGCGCUUGCGCCCUGCGGUGCUGGAGGAGCUGAGACCGGUGGAGACCGGGGUGCCGGUGGGGGUGGGUCACUGGGCAGUCGGUGAAAAGAAUCCACUCUUGAAAGGCCAGAAACACAGAGAUGAGAUCACAGUAUAG